GAUCUACAGUUUGAACCAACAUGGUGGUGAAGUGAGAGAGCUGACAGGCCCCAUUCACUGCACAAACACAUGCUGUUUAGAUCAGAGCUCAAACUACUUUCAGUUCUGAGAAAGUGAAACUCAGACAGUCGUUGUCACUGAGAGGUGAAAUGGCGCAGAAAGGAGUUCAGCUGGACAGAGAAACCUUCUCUUGUUCCAUCUGUCUGGAUCUACUGAAGGAUCCGGUGACUAUUCCCUGUGGACACAGCUACUGCAUGAACUGUAUUAAAACUCACUGGGAUGAAGAGGACGAGAAGAAAGUCCACAGCUGCCCUCAGUGCAGGCAGACCUUCACACCGAGGCCUGUCCUGCUGAAAAACACCAUGUUAGCAGUUUUAGUGGAGGAACUGAAGAAGACUGGACUCCAAGCUGCUCCUGCUGAUCACUGCUAUGCUGGACCUGAAGAUGUGGCCUGUGAUGUCUGCACUGGGAGGAAACUGAAAGCUCUCAAGUCCUGUCUGGUGUGUGUCGUCUCUUACUGUGAGCAGCACCUUCAGCCUCAUUAUGAUGUAGCUCAGUUAAAGAAACACAAGCUGGUGGACCCCUCCAACAAGCUCCAGGAGAAGAUCUGCUCUCGUCAUGAUGAGGUGAUGAAGAUGUUCUGUCGUACUGAUCAGCAGUGUAUCUGUUAUCUCUGCCCUGUGGAUGAACAUAAAGGCCACGACACAGUCUCAGCUGCAGCAGAGAGGACUGAGAGGCAGAGAGAGCUGGAGGUGAGUCGACAAAACAUCCAGCAGAGAAUCCAGGACAGAGAGAAAGAUGUGAAGCUGCUUCAACAGGAGGUGGAGGCUAUCAAUCGCUCUGCUGAUAAAGCAGUGGAGGACAGUGAGAAGAUCUUCACUGAGCUGAUCCGUCUGAUGGAGAAAAGACGCUCUGAUGUGAAGCAGCAGGUCAGAUCCCAGCAGGAAAGUGAAGUGAGUGGAGUCAAAGAGCUUGAGGAGAAGCUGGAGCAGGAGAUCACUGAGCUGAAGAGGAAAGACGCUGAGCUGAUGAAGCUCUCACACACAGAGGAUCACACCCAGUUUCUACAAAACUACUCCUCACUGUCACCACUCAGUGAAUCUACAGACUCAUCCAGCAUCAGUAUCCGUCCUCUGAGGUACUUUGAGGAUGUGACAGCGGCUGUGUCAGAGCUCAGAGAUAAACUACAGGACGUUCUGAGAGAGAAAUGGACAAACAUCUCACAGACAGUGACUGAUGUGGAUGUUUUACUGUCGAAUUCACAACCUGAGCCCAAGACCAGAGCUGGAUUCUUAAAAUAUUCACGUGGAAUCACACUGGAUCCAAACACAGCACACACAAAGCUGUUAUUAUCUGAGGGGAACAGGAAAGCAACAUUAAUGGUUAAAAAACAAUCUUAUUCAAGUCACCCAGACAGAUUCACUGAUUAUUGUCAGGUCCUGAGUAGAGAGAGUCUGACUGGACGUUGUUACUGGGAGGUGGAGUGGAGAGGAGGUGGAGUUGGUGUAGGAGUCACAUACAAGAAUAUCAGCAGAGCAGGGGAUGAAAGUGUAUUUGGGCGCAAUGACAAAUCUUGGGUGCUGGAUUGUGGAAAAACCUGUUAUAAGUUCUGGUUCAACAACAUCAGCACUCCUGUCUCAGGUCCUCAGUCCUCCAGAGUAGGAGUGUACCUGGAUCACAGUGCAGGUAUUCUGUCCUUCUACAGCGUCUCUGAAACCAUGACUCUCCUCCACAGAGUCCAGACCACAUUCACUCAGCCUCUCUAUGCUGGACUUCGGCUUCCUUGGCCUUUUGGAGACACUGCUGAGUUCUGUAAACUCAACUAGACAGAAGUCAUUUAAGAAACAGUGGAUUAAAUUCUGUUUUCAUUCUUAAACGUAUUUUGUCAUCCCCAUUCUCUCUCCUCCCUUUCCUGCCAGUCUAAAGCUGCUCUAUAAUAAAUGCAAAAGCCCUAAAGAAUAAUGUUUGUUUUUUUUAAAGUAUACUUCUCUGUGCUCUCCAUGUUAGCUCGAUAUAUGUACCAAUGCACUCAUAAGUUGUUGUUUCUCUUCCACUGCAUGGAUUUUAAGAGAGAAAACACCACAGCCUCCUUUAUCACAGAUAUUUUGCUUUGUUUUUAUAUGUAGUCAACCUGUUAACUUAGGUUCAGAAGCAGAACCACGCCUCAACCACACCUCUAAUCACCUGCCAAGCCUACUUAUGCGGGGUCAACCCAUCUUACCCUGUUUGUCUCAAGAUUUCUCGACCCACCCUCCCUUUCCCUUCCCUUCAUCAUUCCAUCUUCCGACCUCAUCCCUACCCUCAUCCCUUCACCCCUUCCUUCCUAUUCAAUCCGGUGUAUAUCUCUUCCAUGUCUCAUUCUAGGCACUGUCUGGGGGCCAGUGAUCAGCUCGGGUGGAUAUAUAUGCCUGAGCCGGAACCCCCACACUGAGUCUCCCUCCGCCUGGUCUUCUAUACAUCCUCCCAGACCAGCCUAACAGAUGACAUCUUCCCUCUACCUCACCCACAUCCAUUCAUCUAUUCUCAACAUUCAAUAACUCCUGUAUUUCAUUAAACCUUCAAACGACAUAUUGUUGUGGCGUGGUUCUUGCUAGUGAAAAAAGAUUUAAGGUGAACUAUAAUUACAUUUACAUUUAUUUGUCAGACCAAAUGUUGUUGCCCAAAGUGUAUACAAAUAAGGUACGAUGACAUGUUAUAAACACUGAUUGUGCGGCUGAAGUGAAUCUGUACACGAAAUCAGUGAAAGUGAAUGAUUUAACAGACUUUACUGAUGUGAUGUGAGAACAAAGUGAACAUAAUGAAUAA